CAUACCAAAUAUCAGACCCCACUCCGUGUUGUUCGUACACUCUCUCCAUCCUGCUGUCUUCCAGCAAGCAACCCCACACAGGACACCCCCCUCUCUCUCCUCUUUCUCUCUCUAAAGUUGCAGUCUUUCGGUCGUUCUGCUGCUGCUGAUGCCAUGAGAUGAACAAAUGGAAUGGGAGUCCCCCCUCCCUAUAUUAAAGAGCAGAGGAACAUUUACAGUGACUGAGAUGAACACUCUGAACGAGAGAACACCCUAACCACCCACCCGCCCUCCUCUGUCUCUCUUUUUCUGCCCACAAACACCUUCUUCAUUCAGCACGAGUUCUCGUUGCGAAGCUCUCUUCCGGCAAGUGGUGAGCAAACACGUUGGGUGAGCGAAUAAUGCGUAAAUGGCUCGGGGUCAUGCUUCAAACAGGGAAGCCUUCGAGAUAGAUGAAUCUUAUGGGUGAGUUAUUGUGCUGAACAUAAAAAAAGAAACAUGUCUACUAGACAGGCUCACCUUCCGCCACGGUGUCCCUUCCAGAAAAAAGCAGUUUCACGCCCAGUUCGAGACCCGAGCUCAACCUCUCCUCCCACAAAUUCGAACAAUCCAGGCUACUUUCCUCGCCACCAUAGGUCCCCCUCCCAAGGGUCAAUUUUAGAAGACCAGCCUGCUUGGCUCGAGGACUUGUUGAGUGAUCCAGAAGUCAGUACCAAGGGAGCAGUCCACCGAAGAUCUGCUAGCGACUCAGUAGCCCUUUUAGAUGGCCUUGGAGACUCAUUACAGAGUCUUAAUCUGGGUAGCAAUGCGAAACUAAGUGAUGUGAAGAAUGAAGAAAGAGGGAUGCUAGAGUUGGAUUGUACCUAUGGUCCCAACUCACCUCGAGGAAGAAGUAGCGGGAUGACAUUUUCAGACAGUGGGAUCGUUUCGGCAUUGUCCGAGUAUAUUUCUCAGAAUCCCCUGCAGUUACUCGAUGGCAGUCUCUGCAUUUCUGGAACAACUAAUUCCGAUUCGAAAGGUGAUGGUCCUGGCGGGACCAAUGGAGAUUUCAACCCUGAGAUGAAGCCGGGGAAAAGGCAAUCUGGGCAACGCUCGAGGGUCCGUAAGCUCCAGUAUAUUGCUGAACUUGAAAAGACUGUAAAUAUUUUCCAGGCUUUUGAAUCAGAACUAGCAGUCAGGGUGGCCACUUUGCUUCAGCAACGAGUCACAUUAACGAUGGAGAAUGCGAAAUUGAAACAAAAGAUGGCUCGACUUCGACAGGAGAAACUUAUCAUGGAAGGGCAAUAUCAAUCCUUGAGGAAAGAAGCUGAGAGGCUCAAAGCUGAUCUAGCAAGCUCUCCGAAUCGACACAGGAGGGCCUAUUCUGAGACUAGUCUCGCUGCAAGAGCUGGAAUUUCAGAAGCUAACUGGCAGACUUUAGGCUGAGAGAAACUUAACCUUAACUGAAGCGUACUUUACUGGAAAGACCACAGAAUCGACUUAUCCCACUGAGGCCUUGCUCUGUUCUGCACAGUCAUAUUCUUCUGUGGAAGAGCAUCCGAGGAGUUAAUGCUUGGUGUCUUGAUUUAGUAGGAAGUCUUUCACACUUUUUGUGUAAAUGUAUUGGCUCUACGAACCGGUUCCAUUGUCGGUUACAUGUAUGGAAUUGGAUAUUCAGCAUCUGUAUACGAGGUGACACUUUCUUCUCUA